GAAACACAAAGAUUAUCUUGCGCGCACUUUAAGUUGAAUCAAAGCUUUCAUUCGGUGUGCAUCGUUUUUAUCCGCGUUUUCUCUUGUCAAUUUUCAAUAUAAUUUUUUUCAUAAGAAAAAAAUUGGUUUUUUUUUUAUUGAAAAACAUGAGACAAAUGAAAUGAAAUAAUUAGCGAGUGAUCUAAAUUUUUGUUGAAUUAAAUAAAAAAAAAUUUUAUUUUGAAAUAAAAAAUUCAAAAAAAUUAUUAUUCAAAUAUUUGAUAAUAUUUUUUUAUUUGUUUAUUAGAUUCGAGAGUAACGUAUUGCAUUUAAGUAGUAUUUUAAAUAAAAAAUUAUUUAAAAUAUAGAUUAGGAAGUGACAAUAAAAUUAUAUAUAUAUAGAAUAUUUAGUCGAAUUCUACUGCAAUUAAUUUGUUCGUAUUAAUAAUAAUACAAAAGAACGAGAUUUGUAGAAGAAAAAUUAUUUUAGAAUUUUUCUCAACACGAAAAAAGAAAAAUUUUGAUCCAAUUUGAUCGAAGUAUUAUAUAGAAAUGGCUCCAACAGUCUGUAUGACGGACUUUCCAGAAAUGGGAAAUUCCCACAAGUGUGCGCGACGAAGGCAAAGAAUUCAGGACAGAAGUAUCAGUAAACGUGAAAAAGUGGAAUUAAAAAAAGUUGUCAGUAAGAACAUUGAAAUUCAAGAAAUGAAAUUAUUAUCAUCAUCAUCACAUCAUCAGUUGGGUCCAAAUUCACGACAAAAAUUUCCAACCGAUUCUUACGUUCCAAUUAUUUUAAGUUCAUCACGACAAAUAUCGACAGUCACAUCCUCAGGGCCCGACAAUCAAUGGAAAAUGUCCAUGCGUCGAGAUGGUCUCGUUGACAUUUUCAUUCGGACGAUUGCCCUCGUGAGAAGAAAUCACAUUUUACAGAGGCGAGUGAAAGCUCUUCGAGAGGAAACACAAAAUUUCAUUUCCUCAAUGAUGAUGAACAAUUCAGGAAAUGAAUCAGAGAACGAGAAUAUUUCUUACCAUGAAAGUAAUAGUCAAGUUUCAUCCACGACAGAAAAUAAUAAUUCUAGGUCAUCAUCGUUAUUUAAAGAAAAUUCUAAAAUUUCUUCAAAAUCAUUUAAUUCAAAAACAGAAGAAAAAACGAAUCAAGAUUCUAAAUUUCAUUCGAAAUUUAUAAAUGAUUCAAGAACUGAUCGUGAAUUAAAUAAAGUUUCAUCGUCUAGUGAAGUAGUUGUCACUAGGACAAACGCUUAAAAAAAAUUCCCACGAAGCUCUUCUCGCUUUUCAAUUUUAAAAGACUUUCGGUAUUAAAUUUUUCUCCUGUGAAGAAAAAAAAAAUGAAGAAAAAACAAUGUAAAUUUAAAUGUAAAUUAAUUCGUUUCUAUAAUAAUAAUAAUAAUAUGAAAUAUCAAAGUUGGGUAGUAUAACAUAGGGUAGAAUUUUAUAUUAUUCGUAGAAAAUAUAAAAUAAAUUAUGUUAUAUUACGAAUAUAUUAUAAUACAUACAAUUUUGAAAUAUUUAUUAUAAUAUACAAACAAAAAAAAACCAAGAGAAAGAAUGAAAGAGAAAAGUAAGAGAAUUUUUCACAUUUUUUAAAUUAAAACAAUAUUUUGCUAUUCAGAGAUAGUUUAGAAAUGAUUUUUUUAAUAUUCAAAUGCCGAGUGAAUAACGCUGGCUGUGAAAAAAAAAAUUGCUGCUUAUUUUAAUCCAUUAAAAGCGGCUUUGUUCCUGAGAGAAAAAAAAUGUUCGUUACUUUACAAUAUAUUAUUGACAAAAAAUAUUGUAAAAGUUAUUAUAAAAAUAUUAUGAAGAAAAAACCGGCUAACAGCCACGAUUGAUCAAAUAAUUAUUUACAAAAAUUAAUUAAUCGAUGGGCAAAACGAUUAAAAUGUAUAUUUUUUCAAAAAAAAAUUAAAUUAAAAUUAAUUGUAAAAUUUAGAAGUUGGAAAAAAAUUUUCAUUUAUGAUCCUAAAUUCAAAUGAACGAGAUUUAAUUGAUAUCUUCUUCAAAUUAAAUUUUUAUUCUAAUAAUUUUGCUAUUAAAAAGCUUCUUCCUCAAGGAAGCAAAAAUUAAAUUUUUAAUUUCAUUUGCAAACAUUAAUUUCUGGAAAAUAUUUAAUAUUUCGUUUAUAGUUGAAAGUUCAAAACUCGUGGAUCAUAUUUAUUUUGCGGGAAGAUGUGAGAGAAACGCCAAGAAAAAAAAAGAUGUGAAAUAAUUUUAAUGAUGAUAUUUACCGAGCGAGUGAUAAUCAUCCAACAAUAAUUUAGAAAUUAUAAAUAUUUAAUCAGCACUGAAUCAAACAUAUGUGAUAAAAAUUAUACCCCGGUAUCUAUUUUUAGAUACACUAAUAAAUGUCUUAGUCUUAAUCUUUCAAAGCAAAUAGAAUUUAAAAACCGAAAAAAAAUUAAUUUUUCCUCUCGCUUUGAUUAAUUAAGAAAAAAAAAUUUAAGAAUUAAGAUUUUUUUUUCUUUUGGCUUCGACUUCCCAAAAACAUUUUUUU